GCCUCGCGCGCCCUGCUCGCCGCGCUGGUGCUGCUGGGGCUGGGCCAGGCGGUCUGCAGCGUCGCCUUGUUCCUCUACUGCAGGGCGCAGAUGGACCCUAACAGAAUAUCAGAGGAAUACAUACACUGUUUCAGAACAUAUCUAAGAACCCAUGGAAGCACAGAUCUUCAAGAAACAAAAUUAAUGUCUGAAUCAUGCAAGAACAUGGAACAGGCUAUUCAAGGAGCGAUGCAAAAGGAGGUACAAAGGAUCAUUGCUGGAAGAGAGUCACCAGUAUCAGAAAAGGCUAUAAUGGAAGCACCGUGGUCAAACCCUUCAAAGAAAAACAAACCUGAGAAACAGCCCUUUGCCCAUCUUAUUAUUGAUGAUAAGAACAUUCCAACUGGCACACGGAAAGUGAACCUUACAUCCUGGCAUCAUAACAAAGGCCAGGCAAACUUAUCGAAUAUGACAUUCAUUGAUGGAAGGCUAAUAGUCAAUCAAGAUGGGUUUUAUUACGUUUAUGCCAACAUUUGUUUCAGACAUCAUGAAACUUCAGGAAACCUAACUAGGAAAGGGCUUCAACUGAUGGUGUACAUAACUAAAGCAAACUUUAAGACAAAGCGUGCUGAUGUUCUUAUGAAGGGAGGAAGCACCAAAUACUGGUCAGGAAAUUCAGAAUUUCAUUUUUAUUCUGUAAAUGUAGGAGGAUUUUUUAAAUUUAAGUUUGGUGAAGUAAUAGGUAUCCAGGUAUCAAACCCAUCAUUACUGGAUUCAUCUCAAGAAGCAACUUAUUUUGGUGCCUUCAAAGUCACAGAGAUAGAUUGAGUUGUUGCAAGAUUUCAUGUCUCAGUGUAUGUUUUCUAUGGCUUUUUACUAAAAAAAAAAAAAAAAAAA